UGAAAUAACAGUGAUCUCAGCUGACAAGUAAAACCUGGAUGUUGUCUCUAAGCUACAGUAUAACACUUGAUUUACCAUCUAGACAACUGAUCUCAUCCCAACGCAAUCACUGAUCUCUGUGUACCAGAGGAAGACUCGUCAUAAUGGGAAAUUCAAACCAAGGAGCACAUGGACACCACCACCACCACCAUCAUCAUCCACCCCAUCACAUAGGUCCACAUAUACACCAUGGACAUCACGACCACCAUGGACUCCACGGACAUCAUGGACUCCACGGACAUCAUGGACUCCACGGACACCAUGGACUCCACGGACAUAUCGCACUCCACGGACAUCAUGGACACCAUGGAUUCCAUGGACAUCAUGGGCAUCACUAACAUUGUAAAUCUAGCCUUUGAAAGCACAGAAAUGAAAAUGACGGCUUAUUCUGAGCACAAAGAAGAAGAAAAUUCCACUAUAUUUUAGCAUAAAACAAGUUAAUAAAGUUAAUCAUAAAAUGAUAUAGUCAACGCAAACUGUGUGCCUUGUCAUUUAACCUUUGUCGAAGUCAAAAAUAUUAUAUACACACCAAAUACAAACUCCAAACAGAUGGGUCGCUGUGCGUGAGCGAUAUAUGGUAGCAUACUCAUUCACACAGACAAGCCACAAAGAUAUAUUAAACACAUAUUUCAUAUAACACAUAAAUGAAACAUGUCAAGCACCAGACAUUAUAAUGUAUUUAUAUAAGAGAGUUAUAACAUCAUAUAUAUAUAUAUAUGUAUUAUUGGAAUGGAACAAGAUAAACAUAUCAUGCUUAGUGUCAAAAUAAUCAGGGGAAUGAGUGUGUUAAUUUGAUAGCUGUGGUUAGAUUGUAGCACAUUGCAACGAUUAGUUAUGAUUAAAUGUAUGAAAUCUAAAGUCACUGUUAUUAGAAUAAAGACAGCGUGUGUGCAGAAAGAAACCAGUGGCUAACCCCUAUGAUGGCAUCUUCAAGGCUGGACGUUGCUUGCAUAUGAACUGACCAAUGACACAUCAUGAAUGAGAGAUUUCCCUCCCCUGGACCAAUAACAGAAGACUCAGUCCAAGACAUGUACUCCCCCCCCCAAUACACAGUAUCUAGGCAUUUCCCCUCACCCAAGAAGUUUCUGUUUGCUGUUUAGUUGCUGUUGAGGCCGAUUCAAAGAUGGAGAGGACUGUGUAUUGAGGGACUGGGUAAAGUAUGCUGGCUGUAAUUGAUCCUUAUAUAACUACAACUGCUCCUUGUGAAAUUGUAACACUGUAACCAUAUAUAUAUACUGUACAUGUGUUAUAUUGUAUGCAUACCCUUUUAAUAUCAAAUAUAUACAUC